AUGGCCUUCUCCGGCGCGCUCACGUUGACGGACCUGAACGACUACCUGGGUCCGUCGCAGGCAUGCAUCAAACCCGUUGAAGGCGCAGAUGCACCGUCAGAGGAGCAGCCCGGCACAUCCGAACCACCACUCGACCCGGCUGCGUCGGCUUCCACACAGAUCGCGAUUGAUCACGAUGGCUCUUACUACGAGUCGGCAGCUCCGUCGUCGUCGUCUUCUUCGGGCAACAACGCAGCCAACAGCAAGCCACGACAGCGAACCAAGCUCGAGACGGCAGAGAUCUCGCUCAACGACUGCUUGGCGUGCAGUGGCUGUGUCACGAGUGCAGAGAGCGUGCUCAUCACCAUGCAGAGCCAGGACGAGAUGCGCAGAGCCAUUGCAGAGAUCGCCUCAUCCGACACUCGUAAGCUGCUCGUCGCUUCCAUCAGCACGCAAUCACUCGCAUCCUUGUCUGCAAAGUAUUCCUUCCAACAACAGUCAUCCUCCUCAGCAUCCUCAGUAACGGCAACGUCAACAGAUCCAUCGUCACUACCGCUGCAUGUUCUGCUGUAUCGCAUCUCGCACUUCCUCAGAACUGUAUUCGGCUUCGAUCAUGUCUACGACACCACUUUUGCACGCCAUGUCGCCCUCAAGGAGCAUCAACGCGAAUUCUUCCAGCGUCGCGACAACUCUCGGAAGCGUGCCACGCUCGGCAGCUCUGUCGGUGGUGAUGACGCACCCACGCUGCCCAUGCUGGCAAGUGCGUGUCCAGGGUGGAUCUGCUAUGCCGAAAAGACCCACGGCGAGCUUCUGCCCUACAUCUCCACCACAAAGUCGCCUCAGCAGGUGGCUGGUGUCAUUGCCAAACGCUUCCUUCCAGAGCGCCUGGGAUUACUUGCUCCGAAUUCAGAUUCAACAUCAUCACCAGCCACCAUCUACCACGUCACGGUCAUGCCUUGCUAUGACAAGAAGCUUGAAGCCUCGCGUCCCGACUUUUACGACGACAUCACCAGCACAAAGGAAGUAGACUGCGUCUUGACUACCGGCGAGCUCGACAAGCUCAUGCUCGACGAGGGCUUUGACAUUUGCGCUCCCGUUCCAGGCGAGCAAGAGGCGUUGCAGCAGUCUAUGACCGAUUUGAGUCUGCAGCAGGCGCUCAGUGCAUCCGGCGCCAAAGAAGCUACGGAUAGCGUCUCCAUCUUGCCGCACUUUCCACAACUGUUGGACCAGCCAGGCAGCAGCAGCGGCGGGUAUCUGUUCACGCUCAUGCGUGCAGUCUGGCUCGACUGGGUCGCCGAGCACUGGCAUCGCUUCCCGGAAUCGGUGCGCGAACAGGGCGUUCUGCCCAAGCUCGAUGUGCGCGUCAUCCGCACCGUCGAUUUCACAGAGUACGUCCUUCGCGCGCCCGCACAGUUCGAUCUGCCGUCGCAAGAUACUCCUUCAUCGCAAUCGAGCAUCCUGUUCAGAGGUGCACAGUGCUACGGCUUCCGCAACCUGCAGAAUCUCGUGCGCAAGCUGCAGAAGCAAACGGGGGCGCGCAAUUCCCGUGGUGCAGCGGGGAGAUUGGUUGAUGCCGAUGGGAACGCUGUUGGUGCUGGUAUCGGUCGCAACCGCGCAGCGGCAGCCAGAGCAAGGGCACGCGGACGCGGUGGAAUGGUCAGGAGAGGUCGAGGCGGCGCAGCGGCAUCAGCCGUGGUCAACAAGAGCAGUCCUCUCAAUCCUGAUUCCGACGAUGCGGUGGUCUCCCCUCAGCAAACGCUCAGUGCUGCGCAACAAGAGGACGAGAGAGGUUACGACUACGUCGAAGUCAUGGCAUGCCCCUCGGGCUGCGUCAAUGGAGGUGGUCAGAUUCGGCCGCCUACAGAUGCAGCGCCAGCAGCCACCAACACUGACCCGGAAGGAUUCACUCAGGGAUGGGUGGCUGACCAGAGCGCGGAAGCGGACGGGCUAGAGUCGAUGAUCAACCACAAGACCUGUUCCAAAAAGAACACAGCCGAAGACGACGGCGAGGAUGCAGAGAUGGAAGACGAGACGCGAGAGAAGGAAAUCAAGGGUUGGAAGGGGACGAGCAAGGAAUGGGUACGACGCGUCGAGGAGGCAUACUGGCAAGGUGCGCGGGUGGCACACGUGCCUGUUACUGUGGCGCCGAGCGGUGUAGCCAGCGACUCGGGUGCUUCCACGCCCACGCUCGUUGGCAGCGGCGCCAAUACUCCCUUGUCCAGCAGCAACGCCAAAUCCAUCCGCGUCGAAGAUCAUCAGCGACUUCUCGAGGCGCUGGCCGCCUCGCGUCCGACCGAGCAGCAGAGCGAAAAGGUGGGUGCAGACACACUGGCUUACGCCGACGUCCUAGCCGAUCUGGUCGUCAAAGAGCUCUGCCAUCUUGCGGCUGCACCAGUUAGUGCGCACGACGACACUGCUGCUGCUUUGGAAAAGGCGAGGGACAAGCUCUUCCGCACCCAGUACAGAGCGGUGCAGGAAGAGGCGGUCAACGGGCUGGCUGUUCAGUGGUAG